CACAUCAGCCCAGGAUAGAAGGAAGGCUGGGCAGAGAUUAUGAUGCUGGUUGACAAAGAAGCUGAGUCCAGAGAGAGGAAAAGGAAUUGCCAAAACUCACACAUCUGGCCAGGACAGUACUGGAAAUGCGGACGACUGCUGUCCCUGGAAGAGGCUGGUAAGUGAUGGAGUUUAAUAGGAAUUGGGUUUGAAGGACCUCUGUUGCCAGAAAGCAUGAGUAUCUCUAAAGGGGAAGCUGAGUCAGAGGUUACUAGAACAGAGGUAUCAGCAAAGGAAUGGGAGAGGUGACGAGGCCGAUCUCUAAGGGUACUUGGCCCAGGCCUGAGGAGGGCAGCUGAUUCCCUUAGCAACAGAAUGCUGCGCCCGAGGCUGACUAGUCAUUCAAGUCUGUACAUAAUCUCCAAUGUCAGAACUCAACAGGCAACCUUAAGAGACCACUAAGUCUACUGCAUGUCUGCAGGGUUUGGCUUCCCUGGACUGUGAGGUCUUCCAGGGAAGCGACCAUAUUCAUAGAUUUAUCCCCAGUUUCUAGCAAGGCCUGGAAUAUAGUAAUAUUGUAACUCAAAUAUUUUUGUUCAGAGCAAAAAUUAAAAAGAAUGAAUGUGCUCAAACGGGAAACUGAAGCUGAGAGAACACAGACAGGAGGGGCGUAACAUCAACCAGCAAUUCUGGAAUAGUAACAAGAUUAGUUUUCUGGGAUGCAGCAGGACGAAUGGCCCUCGCAAUUAAAGGUUGCUGUCACCUCUUCAGAAGGGGUUAACAAGCAAAUGGUGACUGGGAACAAAGGGGCAGGGGUUAAACGGAGCCGUAGUGGUGGGGCCAGGAUGGAGAGGCCGAUUGGCUGAGACUCAAGGCGGGGCAGAUAGGUAGGGGCGGCACACUUCCUUCCCUAACAAUGUGACUAAGGUAGGUCAACGCCACAUCCGGUUUAGUGGGCGGGAGCGGUGGGGGGGGGGGGGGGAAACAAAAGGAGACGAAGGACGCAUGCGUUUGGUGAGUCCCGGAUUCUGGUGGGUUCUUCCGCUCAGGCUGGGUGAAGCGCUUCCGGGUCGCCGCCGGCAGCAGCCUCCCGGCGCGAUGAAGACACUGAGGCCCAGAGAGGUUAAGUGACUCAGCCAAGGUCAAACAGCUAGUAAGUGGUGGAGCCAGGACUCAAAGCCAGUCUAGGAGCCAUGUCCACUUUGUUCCCCUCACUCUUCCCUCGUGUGACUGAGACACUGUGGUUUAAUCUGGAUCGACCCUGUGUAGAAGAGACAGAGCUGCAGCAGCAAGAACAGCAGCAUCAGGCCUGGCUCCAAAGCAUCGCAGAGAAAGACAACAACCUGGUUCCUAUUGGCAAGCCAGCCUCAGAGCACUAUGAUGACGAGGAAGAAGAGGAUGAUGAAGAUGAUGAGGAUAGUGAAGAGGACUCAGAGGAUGAUGAGGACAUGCAGGACAUGGACGAGAUGAAUGACUACAAUGAGUCACCGGAUGAUGGAGAGGUCAAUGAGGUUCAUCUCUCAGUACUUCCCACCUGUGGCCUGUAUCACAGCCAUCCCAAACAACUGUGCCCAGAAUCCAUCAUGCUGUCUCAUUCCUUCAUGCCACGUGUAUAUGUGGCUGGCUUUGCCCUUCCCACCCCCAUCUCCAUCUGCCUGGCCAACUCAGAACUUCCAGAUUCAGUUCAAAUGUUGCUCUUUCUCCAUGAAGUCCCAGGCAGAAACAACCACCCUAUCUUUCAGAUUUAUGAGGUCUCUGUUAGAAUUUGUAGUUUCAUUCCCCUUUUAUUGCUCAUUGAAUGUAUUUCUGAUCUUGGAAUUGGAUGAACUUUUAUUUAUUUAUUUUUGAGACCAAGUCUUGCUGUGUUGCCCAGGCUGGAGUACAGUAGUGUGAUCACGGCUCAUUGCAGCCUCGACCACCCAGGCUCAGGCAAUCCUCCCAUCUCAGCAUUUCCAGUAGCUGGGAUCACAGUUACUCACCACCACACCCGGCUAAUUUUUAAAUUUUUUGUAGAAACGGGGGUCUCACUUUGUUACCCAGGCUAGUCUCUAACUCCUAUGCUCAAGUGAUCCUCUUGCUUUGGCCUCCCAAAGUGCUGGGAUUACAGGUAUGAGCCACCGUGCCCAGCCAGUAAAUUCCUUUUCUUUUCUUUUCUUUCUUUUUUUUUUUUUUUUUUUUUUUUUUUGAGACAGGUUCUUGCUCUGUCACCCAUGCUGGAGUGCAGUGGCACAAUCACAGCUCACUGCAGCCUCAGCCUCCUGGGCUCAAGCAAUCCUCCCACCUCAGCCUCCGAAGUAGCUGGGACCACAGGCGUGUGCCACCAUGCCCGGGUAAUUUUUGUAUUUUUUGUAGAGAUGGGUUUUUGCCAUGUUGCCCAAGCCGGUCUCAAACUCCUGAGCUCAAGCAAUCUGCCCACCUCGGCCUCUCAAACUGCUGGGAUUACAGGCACCAGCCACCACAUAGCCGAAUUUCUUAAGACCCUAAAAGCACUUAUGCUGGGAUUGAGAUAAAUCCAGGCAGACAGCUACCCUAAAUGGUAUGUGGAAGCCUCCAUGGUGGAGAAGAAAGAUGUGGAGACAGAUAAUUACAAAGCUAUGGGUUAUCUGCUGAGAUGGUUAUUCCACUGUGUAUUAUGGUUCCUUUGAGGCCAGCAUUUGUGGCUCAUUCAUCUCUGUGGCCUCUACCCCUCUCCCUGGCACCUAGCACAUUCCUAAUACAAAAGAGGUGGCAAUAAAUGUUUGCUGAAUAAA